AUGAGGUAUGUUUUGUGUAUUAUCUAUCAGACUGGGUUGGAUGGAAGGAGAGUAGAAGGAGGGUGGAAUGAAGGUGGGAGGACGGUGGAACUAGGGUGGAAGGAGGUUGGAAGGAGGUUGGAAGGAGGGUGGAAGGAGGUUGGAAGGAGGGUGGAAGGAGGGUGGAAGGAGGUUGGAAGGAGGUUGGAAGGAGGGUGGAAGGAGGUUGGAAGGAGGGUGGAAGGAGGUUGGAAGGAGGUUGGAAGGAGGUUGGAAGGAGGUUGGAAGGAGGUUGGAAGGAGGGUGGAAGGAGGAGGGUGGAAGGAGGUUGAAAGGAGGGUGGAAGGAGGGUGGAAGGAGGUUGGAAGGAGGGUGGAAGGAGGUUGGCAGGAGGGUGGAAGGAGGUUGGAAGGAGGGUGGAAGGAGGGUGGAAGGAGGUUGAAAGGAGGGUGGAAGGAGGGUGGAAGGAGGUUGGAAGGAGGGUGGAAGGAGGUUGGCAGGAGGGUGGAAGGAGGUUGGAAGGAGGGUGGAAGGAGGGUGGAAGGAGGUUGGAAGGAGGGUGGAAGGAGGGUGGAAGGAGGUUGGAAGGAGGGUGGAAGGAGGUUGGAAGGAGGGUGGAAGGAGGUUGGAAGGAGGUUGGAAGGAGGUUGGAAGGAGGGUGGAAGGAGGUUGGAAGGAGGUUGGAAGGAGGUUGGAAGGAGGUUGGAAGGAGGUUGGAAGGAGGGUAGAAGGAGGUUGGAGGGAGGUUGGAGGGAGGUUGGAAGGAGGUUGGAGGGAGGUUGGAGGGAGGGUAGAAGGAGGUUGGAGGGAGGUUGGAAGUAG